AAAGGAUAAUAGGGUUCAAUCACCCCUCGUCACUUCACUCUCUUUCUGCUUCACGUUUAGGGCUACGGUUAGGGUUAGGGUUUCGGUUGCCUCUCUCUCUCUCUCUCUCUCUCUCUCUCUCUCUCUCUCACAUCAAAUCCUCCCAUGGAGGAGAUCACAGAGGGGGUGAACAAUCUUAGCGUCACUGAUUUGAACAAGAAGAAUCGGAUCCAGGUCUCUAAUACCAAGAAGCCGCUCUUCUUCUACGUCAACCUAGCAAAGAGGUAUAUGCAACAGCAUGACGAAGUCGAGCUUUCAGCUCUUGGAAUGGCCAUUGCAACCGUUGUGACUGUUGCGGAGAUUCUGAAGAACAAUGGUCUUGCUGUUGAGAAGAAGAUUAUGACAUCUACUGUUGAUAUGAAGGAUGAAUCAAGGGGAAGACCCAUCCAAAAAGCAAAGAUUGAGAUAUUGUUGGGGAAGACAGAGAGCUUUGAUGAAUUGAUGGCUGCUGCAGCAGAGGAGAGGGAUGUGGCAGAUGGCGAGGAGCAGAGCUGAAGAAAUAGAUACCUUUUUCUUAUUUGUUUUUCUGUUUGGUAUGCCAGUUUUGUUUGUUUUCCAGGGUAUUAGAUUGUCCAUGAUUAUGAAUUAAGAUCGCUGCUGUAUGCUUUCCUCGUAAGCUCUCGUUUUAUCAUUGUGGUUGCCUUGUAGAGAUUGGAUCGAAAGGUCUUUUAAUCUUCAAGUAUGUUAGAUUUACCGUGGAAAAAUUCAUAAGAGAGAUGUGAUUCAAACC